CAGCAACAGCAACAACAACCACCAUCUCGUUCAACAUCCAUUCAAACGGACAGCAUGGCCACAGCGCUAUCGCUCCGACUACAACAACAAAUUCCUUUACUCAAUACCAUACAAAAUAGACCUUACGUACCGACUCGCGUAUUUUACAACUCAACUUGGGAAGACUGGGCUCAACUUGAAUCAGGCGAUAUUCUUCACUACCCUUUCACACCUCAAGAAAUUGAAACGCUCGAAAAAUACAGAUCAAGACACAAUAAAAAGCUGGCGAGAACAGGUGUGGACAAAUGGGAUUUUAUAGCGGAACAAUUACCAGGAAGAACACCUUUGGACUGUAAAUGUUUUUAUCGGGAUUAUCGAGACGGAAUACACCAGACGUUUAAUCAAGCCAUUAUGGUAAAAAGAAGAGAAGUCCCAUUACGACAAAAAUCAAAUUAUGCUUGGGUUCGCGAACGUACAAUGACUGGAAGGAUGAGGACAACAUUAACAAAGAAAUACUGUUGGAAAAAUUUGAAAAAGGAAGAAAAGAUCGAUGGUGGCAGUGGCGAUGUGAUUGCAUUGGCUAUUUUCAAUAAUCCAACAAAAGGUUUAAAAAUUGCAGCUGGGUCGGUAUGUGAUGAAAACCCUGAAUAUAAUAUGCCUGGUAACCUUCGACUAUGGGAAUUAAAAACAGCCUCUUUUAAAACGUUGAAAGGACAUCAAUCCAUUAGCAGAUCAGGAGAAGCUAUUUGGAGAACAGUGACAGAUGUAAAGGCAUCAAAAGAUAAAACAUUAUUAUUUUCGGCUUCACAUGACGGAAGUGCCAAUAUUUGGAAAGCCAGAUCAGGCCGACUAAGAUCUACUUUAAAAUUUCAUUCGAAACCUAUCAAUCAAAUUGCUAUCAACUAUUCUACAGAUGACAACGUCAUGGCGACUUGUUCAAACGACGGUACGGCCACCGUUUGGACGGUAGAUAGAAAAGGCAAAAGCGGUUCCGGCGUCAUUUGUGAGUUGAAAAACACUACAGAUCAUGACCCUCGCGUAGAUUGCGUUGAAUUUGGACACCAUGAAACGAACAAUACAUUAUUUUUGGGUGUCAAUACGGGCAACAUUGAACAUCCUGGAUAUGUGGAGGCUUAUGAUAUUAUCACGGGCAAGUCAAAAAUGCGUUUCCAAGACAUGCACGGCUCAAUAUCUACGUUAGCCGUGUCAAGUGACGGUCGGUUUAUUGCGUCAGGAAACUACAGUCGAUACGAUAAUCUCUCAGGAGACAAACAUCUUCAUUUACAUGAUGCUCGUCAGCAACGAGAACCUUUGAAAUUCUUAACCAACCAUGCCGAUGUCAACGUGGUGUCUAUUAGUCCUUGCGAUAAAUACGUCGCUUCUGGUAAUGCUGACAAAAUAGAUGGCCAAGUGGUGCUCUUCGACAUAAGGAAACCAAACAAAAAGUUAUACACUUUCAAACAUGAUCGUAAGUGAAAAGUGAUAGUAGAAGUUUGGAUCCGGUUUGUCUUGUACUUACUGAUUGUUGCAUGUGCCACUUUUGUAGAGUCCAUAUUGAACCAAUCCUUGAUCGCACCGGACACAAGUGUGGGUAUUGGUGGCUUACAUUGGAUGUCUGAUAGUCGUACUGUCGUUACAGGCGGUGGCGAUCUCAUGGUGAAGGUGUGGGAUGUAGGCACCGGCAAUCUGUUGAAGAGCUACUCGACGUCGAAUUGUGUUACGUCUCUAGCGGUAGAUGAAGAUAAUAAUAUGAUUGCUGCUGGCGUAUCAGGUGCAAAUGGAAUUGUUCAUGUUUGGACACCAUAACACGUUGAUUGUUAUAGACCUCUCUCUCUCUCUCUCUCUCUCUCUCUCUCUCUUGCUCCUCAUAAUAUGGAUGGAUAAACCUUUUUUCUAUUUAUUUUUAUUUU